AUGUCGCAUAUUGUGGAGGAGUACGUGGAGGAGUGGGAGGAAGAAUUUGAGGAAGAGUUAGGAGGUGAAGAAGAAGAGGAGGAGGAAGAACUAAUAGAAUAUGAGGAAGAAGAGGAAGUUUUGGAUGAGUCGGGCUUGCCCACCAGGAAGGUGGUGAAGAAAGCCAAAGUGGACACGUCCAAGUUCAUGACCCCGUAUCUGGCGCACAGCCAAAAGAUGCUGGAGCAGUUCAGCCACAACAAGUAUCGUGACGCCUACGACAAGUCUCGGGGGAAUCCUCCCGCCAUCACCACCGAUACGCCGGAAAUGAUUCGCAUCCGUAAGGCUCAGGAGCAGCUCAGCGAGAUCAAAUACCGCAUGGAGGGCAACAAGUCCAAGACGGGCAGCAUGUACGACGGCGAAGCACGCGAGAUCGCUCACGUCAAGCAGGUGUCGGAGCUCAUCAGCAAGGUUCUCUACCGGCAAAAGUGGGACGAGACCAAGGACAAGUACAUGCUACCCCCGGAUGCUCCGGAACUGGUUUUGGCUGUCAAGAACGCCGCUAACUGUAGCAAAAAAAUGUAUACGGAAGACUGGGAUGAGGAAAAGACCAUGUUCUGCCCGUACACGGACAGCCCCGAACUGCGUCGGGUGGCCCAGGCCCAGGAGGUGCUCAGUGAUGUGCAGUACAAGAAAGGCCACCACGAGCGCAAGGCCAAGUACACCGCCCUGCCCGAUCCACCUGAAGUGGAGCUGGCCAAGCGGGUCUCUGACCAGCGCAGCGACUUGAAGUACAAGGAGGCGUACAACGAGAAGGUGAAGGGCCAGUGGUGUGAGACACCCUACUUUGACGUGGCCAUGGCCAGGGUGGCCAUGGAGAACCUCAGCCAUAGGCGAUACACGCAAGAUCACGAGGACAGCAAAGACCAAAUCUACUUCAUGCAAACCGAAACGCCAGUUUAUGACACCCACAAGAAGGCCGCGGCAUCCGCCAGUGACGUGCAGUACAAGAAGGAGUAUGAGAAGACAAAGGCCCAGUCGGACUACAACACGCUGCCGGCCACCGAGAACCCGUUGCUCAGGCAACUCCGAUACGCCGGCACCAUCCUCAGCGACAAAGUCUACAAAGAUAAUUAUGAGAAAUCGCGAGGCUUCAGCAUCAACUACUGCGAAACGCCCAAGUUCCAGAUGGACUCGGUGCUCAAACAGUUUACGGACAUGCACUACAAAGACAAGUACGAAAACGAAAUCAAGGGUCACUAUCUGGGCAGCUACGAGGAUCUAUACAUGCUUCACUGCCAGCAAGUGGAGGACAUGAAGAAACAGCAUUUGUACAAAGCCGACUACGAAGACAUGAAAACGCAAUGUUUCUUCCCCCAAACAAUUACACCCGAGUACGAAGCCACUAAGAAGCUAGAGGACUGCAAGGAUAAAGUUUACCGGCAGCAUCCUGACAAAGUGAAAUUCACGCAAGUUACCGACUCACCGGUUCUGGUCCAGGCGGCCAUCAACGCUAAACAGCUGAGUGACCUAAACUACAAAGCCCAGUACGAAGAGACCAAAUGUAAGAAUAGUCUGCCUCCAGACUACCCCUUCUUCGUCCAGUCUAGAGUGAACGCCUUCAACCUCAGUGAUAGCUGCUACAGAUACGACUGGGAGAGAACCAAGGCUAAAAAGUUUGAGGUUAAAGGCGAUGCUAUCCCGAUCCUGGCCGCCCGGGCUCACACCAACAUUGCCAGCGACGUAAAAUACAAGAAGGAGUACGAGAAGAACAAGGGUCAGAUGGUCGGAGCUCUCAGCAUUCACGAUGAUCCCAAGAUCCUGCAUUCUGUUCACGUGGCAAAAAUCCAGAGUGAUCGUGAAUACAAAAAGGACUAUGAAAAGAUCAAGACCAAGUAUCACACACCUCUGGACAUGAUGUCUGUGACCCAUGCUAAGCACUCACAGGCAGUCGCCAGUAUGGCCGGCUACCGCAGCAUCAAUACCAACUUUUUCCUGCCCCAUGAUACUGUGCUGCUGGACACAGCCAAGAAAGCCAACAUCAUCCAGAGUGACAACGAGUACAAGUCCGAUUACAACAACUACACCAAAGGGGCCCCGUGGGUGCCGUUUGGUUCCUUGGAAGUGGAAAAGGCCAAGAAUGCUGCACAAAUUCUGAGCGAGAAAAAAUACAGACAGCACCCAGACACCAUCCCCUUCACGUCCAUUGAUGACCACCCUGUCAUGAUGCAGGCCAAAGUCAACCAGCUGCAGAGGAGCGAUUUAUUCUACAAGCAAGGUCUAGAGGACAUCCACCAAAAAUACUCACUGCCCGCUGACAUUCCAGAGUUCCUCCAGGCCAAAUGCAACGCAUACAACAUUAGCAACAAUUACUACAAAUACGCAUGGCAGGAUACCAUCGCAAAAGGCUAUGACCUGCAGCCCGACGCAAUCCCUAUUGUCGCCGCCAAAGCUGCCAGACAUGCUGCCAGUGAUGUCCAGUACAAAAAGGCAUACGAGAAGGAAAGAGGCCACCACGUGGGCUUCCGUAGCCUGCAGGAUGACCCGCUGUUGGUUCACUACAUGGAGGUGGCCAAGAUGCAGAGUGACAAGAACUACAAGAAGGAUUACCACCAGGUCAAGCUAAAGUUCCAUUCCCCAGUCGACAUGUUGAGUGUGGCCCAUGCCAAGCACGCCUCAGCUGUCCAGACAAUGGCCGGCUACAAGCAGCCCCAACACAACUACUGCCUACUGCCAGACGCCAUGAACCUGGAUCUGGCUCGCACCAUGAAUUACAAUGCCAGCGACAACCAAUACAAACAAGACUAUGAGAACUGUGUCAAAGGAAUCGGAUGGAUCCCUAUUGGCUCUCUGGACGUAGAGAAAGCGAAGACAGCGGCGGCGGCUUUAGAUGAGAAGAAAUACAGACAGCAUCCCGCCACCAUCAAAUUUACCAGCUUGUCUGACUCCAUGAACAUGGAGCUAGCUAAGGCCAACACCCAGAUUCUCAAAGCUAAAGACUACAAAGCCAGUGGCGAGAAAUUCAUGCACACCUAUCAUCUUCCUGCUGAUACUCCUGAACUGAUGCAGGCCAAAUACAAUGCUGCCAAUAUCAGCCAGAAUUACUACACAUAUUCUCACCGCCGGGAUUUGCUCAAAGGACAUCACAUGAAAGAGGAUGCUAUCCCCAUUGUGGCCGCGAAGACUUCCAGAGACAUUGCCAGCAACUACAAGUACAAAUUGGCCCACGAAAAGGCAAAGGGCAAACACGUGGGCUUCCGUAGCCUACAGGACGACCCACUGCUGGUUCACUACAUGGAGGUGGCCAAGAUGCAGAGCGACAGAAACUACAAGAAGGACUACCACCAAGUCAAACUCAAAUAUCACUCGCCGGUGGACAUGAUGAGUGUAGCCCAUGCCAAGCACGGUUCAGCUGUGCAGACCAUGAUCGGCUACAGGACAUACCUUCACGACUACUUACUUCUUCCCGAUAACUUGCGGGUGCAACAAUGCAAGGACAUGAUGGAGAUUCAGAGUGAUAAUGCUUACAAAGCCGAUUACACCAACUACUACCAAGGUUCCGGGUGGGUUCCGAUCGGUUCUCUGGACGUGGAGAAGGCCAAAGCUGCCAAAGCCGCCCUGGACGAGAUCAGCUACCGUCAGCAUCCUAGCACAUUCAAGUUCACCAGCACCAGUGAUAGUAUGAACAUGUCUUUGGCACUGAGCAACUCCAAGCAGCUGGACCCUACCGCAUACAAAGCUUCUGGUGAGAAGUUCAUGCAUACCUAUCACCUGCCGGCUGACAGCCCAGAGUUCCUUCAGGCCAAAUUUAAUGCUCAGACGCUCAGUGAGAGUCAGUACAAGCAAAAGUGGCUGGACGAUAUUGCCAAAGGCUACGACUUGAGGCCUGAUGCCAUUCCCAUUCAGCAUGCCAAGCUUGGGAGACAUAUUGCCAGCAAUGUACAAUACAAAAAAGAGUAUGAAAAGGCGCGAGGCCACCACGUGGGCUUCCGUAGCCUGCAGGACGACCCCCUUCUGGUCCACUACAUGGAGGUGGCCAAGAUGCAAAGCGACAAGAAUUACAAGAAGGACUACCACCAAGUCAAGCUCAAAUAUCACUCGCCGGUGGACAUGCUGAGUGUGGUACAUGCUAAGCAGGCCUCAGCUGCUCAGACCAUGGCCGGCUACAGGAACAUUCACCACACCAACGCUCUCCUUCCUGAUGCGAUGAACUUUGUGCUGGCUCGUACUAUGAACACUCAAUCCAGCGAUUGUGAUUACAAGUACGAUUGGAACAACUAUGUCAAAGGUAUCGGCUGGAUCCCGAUCGGUUCGCUUGCAGUAGAAACCGCAAAGGUUGGUGGUGAGAUCCUAAGCGAGAACAAGUACCGCACCCAUCCCUCCAACUUCAAAUACAGCAAGUUGAUGGAUUCCAUGGACAUUGCCCUGGCCACAGUCAACAACCAGAUCAUGGAUAAGAAAGCCUACACGGCUGCUUGGGAAAAGGACAAACGAACAGUCCACGUAAUGCCAGAUUCUCCUGAGAUUGUACUGGCCAAGGCCAAUGCCAUCACCAUGAGCGAUAAACUUUACAAAUCCGGUUUGGUGGAGAUGGCCAACAAGGGCUACAAUCUGAAAGCAGAUGCCAUUCCCAUUGUAGCAGCUAAGUCAAGCACAAAUAUUGCCAGUAAUUUCAAAUACAAACUUGCCUACGAGAAGGAGCGAGGGCACCAUGUGGGCUUUCGCAGUCUGCAGGAUGACCCCCUCCUGGUCCAUUACAUGGAGGUGGCCAAGAUGCAGAGUGACAAAAAUUACAAGAAGGACUACCACAAGGUCAAACUGAAGUACCACUCGCCAGUGGACAUGUUGAGCGUAGUCCAUGCUAAGCAGGCAUCAGCUGCUCAGACUAUGGCCGGCUACAGGAAGAUCCACCACACCAAUGCUCUCCUCCCAGAUGCCAUGAAUUUUGUGCUUGCUCGUACUAUGAACACCCAGUCUAGUGAUUGUGAUUAUAAGUUCGACUGGAACAACUAUGUUAGAGGUAUUGGCUGGGUCCCCAUUGGCUCACUCGCAGUGGAAACCGCCAAGGUUGGUGGUGAUAUCCUAAGUGAGGCCAAAUACCGCACUCACCCAUCCAGCUUCAAGUACAGCAAGCUAAUGGACUCCAUGGACAUGGCCCUGGCCACGGCCAACAACCAGAUCAUGGAUAAGAAAGCUUACACGGCCGCUUGGGAAAAGGACAAACUGACGGUCCAUGUCAUGCCAGAUGCUCCUGAGAUUGUUCUGGCUAAAGCUAAUGCCAUCAAUAUGAGCAAUAAACGGUACAAAGCUGGCCUUGUAGAAAUGGCUAACAAGGGCUACGACUUGAGAGCCGAUGCCAUCCCAAUUGUAGCUGCCAAGUCUAGUUCCAACAUUGCCAGCAACUACAAGUACAAACUGGCUUUCGAGAAAGCAAGAGGUCACCAUGUGGGCUUCCGUAGCCUGCAGGAUGACCCCCUGCUGGUCCACUAUAUGGAGGUGGCUAAGCUGCAGAGUGACAAGAACUACAAGAAGGACUACCACAAGUCUAAGCUCAAGUACCACUCACCAGUAGACAUGAUGAGUGUGGCCCAUGCCAAGCACGCCUCGACUGUGCAGACCAUGACAGGAUACAAGAGCAUUAUCCCUCACUACACUGUCCUGCCUGAUGCCAUGAACCUGGAACUGGCCCGAAACAUGCAGUUCAUUGCCAGUGAUAACCAGUACAAGAGUGAGUAUGAAAACUACAUGAAAGGAAUCGGUUGGGUACCCAUCGGCUCAUUGGAGGUGGAGAAAGUUAAAACAGCUGGCCAAAUCUUGAGGGAUCAUGGAUACCGCCAGCAUCCCAGCACCUUUAAAUUUACCAAAGACAUGCACUCCAUGGACCUAGCAUUGGCCACUGCCAACAACCAGAUCAUGGAUAAGCAAUCUUACACCAAAGCCUGGGACCACGACAAGAGAACCAUCCACCUCAUGCCUGACGCGAUGGAUGUAGUUCUGGCCCGGGAAAACAAGAAAAACUAUAGCGAGAAACUGUAUAAACUGGAAAAUGAGCUUGCCAAGAAGAAGGGUCACAAUCUCCGUGCUGAUGCUAUCUCAGUCCAGGCUGCUAAAGCCUCAACGAUUAUUGCAAGUGAUUAUAAGUACAAGACCGGUUAUCGUAAGCAGGUCGGCCACCACAUUGGGGCCCUCAGCAUUCAGGAUGACCCUCUCCUCAUGUUGGCCCUGAACUCAGCCAAGAUCGCCAGUGAUGCCCUCUACAAGAAGGACUUUAACCAGUCCAAAACUAGAUUCCACCUGCCAGUAGACAUGUUAUCGUUUGAGCUUGCCAAGAAGAACCAGAUCCAGGUCAACCACGCCAACUACAUUACCCGCCUGCAUAACUGGACCUGCCUGCCUGACUCCAAUGAUGUUCGACAAGCCAGACACGCAUACGACCUGCAGAGUGACGUGGUCUACAAGGAAGAACUGAAGUUGCUUCAGGGCAUUGGAUGGGUUCCUAUUGGUUCACUUGAUGUGGAGAAGGUGAAAAAAGCUGGUGAGAUCCUGAGUGAACAGAAAUACCGUCAGCACCCAAGCAACUACAAGUUUAAGGUGACAACUGAGGACAUGCCCCUGGUGCUGGCUAAGGCCAAUGCUCAAGUCAUGAACAAGCAUGCCUACACUCAAGCCUGGGACAAAGAUAAGACAACCAUUCAUAUAAUGCCAGAUGCUAUGGACAUUGUGCUGGCCAAAGCCAACAAGGCCAACUACAGUUUGAAACAAUACAAACAGGCAAACGAAGACGCCAAGAAAAAGGGUUAUGACUUAGGCAAAGAUGCCAUUUCAAUCCUGGCAGCCAAGGCAUCUAGAGACAUUGCCAGUGAUUAUAAGUACAAGACUGGAUACCGGAAGCAAGUGGGCCACCACAUCGGGGCCCUCAGCAUCCAGGACGAUCCUCUCCUUAUGCUGGCCCUGAACUCUGCCAAGAUCGCCAGUGAUGCCCUCUACAAGAAGGACUUUAACCAGUCUAAGACCAAGUUCAACCUGCCUGUGGACAUGCUAGCCUUUGAGCUGGCCAAGAAGAAUCAGAUCCAGGUCAACCACGCCAACUACAUUACCCGCCUGCACCAAUGGACCUGCCUGCCUGACUCCAAUGAUGUUCGACAAGCCAGACACGCCUACGACCUCCAGAGUGAUAAUGUUUAUAAGGAAGACCUGAAACUGCAGCAGGGUAUGGGCUGGGUGCCUAUUGGUUCGUUGGAUGUAGAAAAGGUGAAGAAAGCCGGCGAGAUCCUGAGUGACCAGAAGUACCGCCAGCACCCGAGCAAUUACAAGUUUAAGGUAUCAACUGAGGACAUGCCUAUGGUGCUGGCUAAGGCAAACGCUCAAGUCAUGAACAAGAAAGCAUACCAAGAAGCCUGGGAAAACCAGAAGACCUUGAUCCACAUCAUGCCUGACGCUAUGGAUGUUGUCCUUGCAAAAGCAAACAACAUUAACUACAGCUUGAAACUGUACAAGCAGGCAAAUGAAGAGGCUAAGAAGAAGGGGUAUGACCUAGGCAAAGAUGCCAUUUCUAUCCUUGCAGCCAAGGCUUCCCGAGACAUUGCUAGCGAUUACAAGUACAAGACCGGAUAUCGCAAGCAGGUUGGCCACCACAUUGGGGCCCUCAGCGUUCAGGAUGACCCUCUCCUCAUGUUGGCACUGAACUCAGCCAAGAUUGCCAGCGACUUCCUUUACAAGAAGGACUUCAACCAGUCCAAGACUAGAUUCCACCUGCCUGUGGACAUGCUAGCCUUUGAGCUGGCCAAAAAGAACCAGAUCCAAGUCAACCAUGCCAACUACAUCACUCGCUUGCACAACUGGACAUGCUUGCCUGACUCCAACGACGUUCGCCAAGCCAGACAUGCUUACGACCUGCAGAGUGAUAAUGUUUACAAGGAAGACCUGAGGCUGCAACAGGGUAUCGGCUGGGUUCCUGUUGGUUCCCUGGAUGUGGAAAAGGUUAAAAAAGCCGGCGAGAUCCUGAGUGAUCAUAAGUAUCGUCAGCACCCGAGCAACUACAAGUUUAAGGUCUCAACUGAGGACAUGCCAAUGGUACUGGCCAAAGCCAACGCUCAAGUCAUGAACCAGAAAGCCUACAUUGACGCCUGGGAAAAAGAGAAGACCAAGAUCCACGUCAUGCCCGACGCCAUGGAUGCCGUUCUCGCAAAAGCCAACAACCUCAACUACAGCUUGAAAUUGUACAAGCAAGCAAAUGAAGAGGCCAAGAAAAAGGGUUACGACAUGCGCAAUGAUGCCAUUCCCAUCCGCGCAGCCAAGGCAUCCAGGGACAUUGCCAGUGAUUACAAGUACAAGACUGGAUACCGCAAGCAGGUCGGCCACCACAUCGGAGCCCUCAGUGUCCAGGAUGAUCCUCUCCUUAUGCUGGCCCUGAACUCGGCCAAGAUCGCCAGUGACGCCCUCUACAAGAAGGACUUUAACCAGUCUAAGACCAAGUUCAACCUGCCAGUGGACAUGCUAGCCUUUGAGCUCGCCAAGAAGAACCAGAUCCAGGUCAACCACGCUAACUACAUCACUCGCCUUCACCAGUGGACUUGCCUCCCUGAUUCCAACGACGUUCGCCAAGCCAGACACGCCUACGAUCUGCAGAGUGAUGCCGUCUACAAGGCUGACUUGAAGUGGCUCCAGGGUCUCGGCUGGGCCCCUGUCGGCUCUCUUGAGGUGGAAAAGGCUAAGAAGGCUGCUGAGAUCUUGAGCGAAAUGAAGUAUCGCCAACCUCCCAGCAAACUUCCAUUUACCAGCCCUAUCGAUGCAAUGAACUUUGAACUAGCUAAGAAUAACGCUUUGACAAUGAACAAGCGCCUCUACAUCGAAGCAUGGGAGAAAGAUAAAACCAAGGUGCACAUCAACCCUGAUACACCGGAGAUACUUCUCUCUCAGCAGAAUGCUAUCAACAUGAGCAGGAAACACUACAGACAAGGUUAUGAGGCUGACAUCAAGAAGGGCUACUUCCUGCCACCAGAUGCCGUUGCUGUGAAGAGUGCUAAAGCCUCCCGGGAUAUUGUUAGUGAUUACAAGUACAAAACGGGUUACCGGCAGCAAGUAGGCCACCACAUUGGUGCUCGCAGCAUCAAUGACGACCCCCUGAUCAUGCUAGCCCUGAACUCGGCCAAGAUAGCCAGCGAUGCCCUCUACAAGAAAGACUUCAACAAGUCCAAGACCCGAUUCCACUUGCCUGUGGACAUGCUGAACCUUGAACUGGCUAAGAAGUGCCAGAUUCAAGUCAAUGACUUCAACUACCGCACUCAUCUUCACCAGUGGACAUGUCUGCCCGACUCCAAUGAUGUUGUCCAGGCUAGGAAGGCCUACGAUCUUCAGAGUGAUGCUGUGUACAAAGCUGACUUGGACGAGAUUGUGGGUGUGGGAUGGGUUCCUAUUGGUUCACUGGACGUAGUGAAAGCCAAGCAUGCCUCCCAAAUUCUCAGCGACCGACUUUACAGGCAUAAACAAGACACUCUGAAGUACACAACAGACAUGACUGCCAUGCCUAUGGUUCUUGCCACAGCAAAUGCUGAGAUCAUGAACAAGAAAAACUACAUUUCUGCUUGGGAGGCCGAGAAGGUGAAGAAUCACGUUGGCGCUGACCUGCCUGAAAUUCUGCUCUCUAGAGCCAACGCUUACAACCUCAGCCAGAAAAUAUACAAACAAGCCGUCGAGGACAUGUUCCGACAGGGUUACGUCAUGAAACCUGACGCUGUUUCUAUUGUAGCUGCUAAACGCUCAAGAGAGAUCAUAAGUGAUUACAAAUACAAGACAGGAUACCGCAAGCAGGUCGGCCACCACAUCGGCGCACUUAGCAUCAAUGAUGAUCCUCUGAUCAUGCUAGCCCUGAACUCUGGCAAGAUCUCCAGCGAUAACUUGUACAAGAAGGACUUUAACAAGUCCAAGACCAGAUUCCACCUGCCUGUGGACAUGCUCAACCUGGAACUGGCCAAAAAAUGCCAGAUUCAGGUCAAUGAUUUCAACUACAGAACCCACCUGCACAACUGGACUUGUCUGCCGGACUCCAACGACGUGGUACAGGCGAGAAAGGCGUACGACCUUCAGAGUGACGCUGUGUACAAAGCAGACAUGGAAUGGAUCAAGGGUUCCGGUUGGGUGCCCAUUGGCUCACUGGAUGUCGAAAAAGCAAAGAAAGCGUCUGAAAUCUUGAGCGACAGGCUAUAUCGUCAGCAUCCUAGCAACUUCAAAUUUACCGCCAAAACCAGUGACAUGCCAUAUGCCCUGGCUCUGGCCAAUGCCCAAAUCAUGGACAAGAAAGCGUAUGUAUCUGCGUGGGAGAGCGACAAAACUAACCUGCACAUCAUGCCCGACACACCUGAGAUCAUACUAGCCAAGCAGAAUAAGCUCAACACCAGUCCGAGACAUUACCAUGAAGGCUACAUGGAAAUCAUCAAAAAUGGCUACUUGCUCCCCAAAGACGCCAUUUCGCUUUUGUCAGCAAAGGCCUCUCGAGACAUUGUCAGUGAUUACAAGUACAAGGCAGGCUUCCGCAAGCAGUGUGGUCACCAUAUUGGGGCCCUGAGCGUCAAAGACGACCCCUUGAUCAUGCUGGCCGCCCAUGCUGCCAGAAUCGCCAGUGACAACAUCUACAAGAAGGACUUUGAGAAGACCAAGACCAAGUUCAACCUUCCAGUGGACAUGCUGACCAUCGAGCUGGCCAAGAAGUGUCAGCAGCAGGUCAACGACUUCAACUACCGCACUCACCUGCACCAGUGGACCUGCCUGCCCGACUCCAACGAUGUGGUCCAGGCUAGGAAGGUCUACGAUCUCCAGAGUGAUGCUGUGUACAAAGGCGAUCUGGAGUGGCUCAGGGGAUGCGGCUGGUCGCCUCAUGAAUCGGUAGAUGUUAUCAAAGCCAGGAAUGCACAGAACAUUCUCAACGAGAGACUCUACCGCCAACCACCGAGCACGGUCAAAUUCACCAGCAUAGUGGACCUGCCUACCAUCGUCCUGUCUAAGCAAAAUUCAGACAAUCUCAGUGAUAGGAAAUACAAGGAACUGUGGGAGAACGAAAAGACGUCAUUCUUGCUUCCGGCUGACACUCCUGCCAUUGAGCUGUCUAAAGCAAAUGCCAUCAACAUAAGCAAUAAAUUGUAUACUAAGGCGUGGGAUGACCAGAAGGCCAAAGGUUACCAUAUCAAGCAUGAUGCCAUUGCCGUGCUGAAGGCCAAAGCGUCAAGAGAUAUCAUCAGCGAUUACAAGUACAAGGAAGGAUACCGCAAGCAGGUGGGCCACCACAUCGGUGCUCGCAGCGUGGAAGAUGACCCCCUGAUCAUGCUGGCAAUGAACUCGGCCAAGAUUGCCAGUGAUGCCCUUUACAAAAAGGACUUUAACAAGUCCAAGACCAAGUUCAACCUGCCUGUUGACAUGCUCAACUUGGAACUGGCCAAAAAGUGCCAGAUUCAAGUCAACGACUUCAACUACCGGACUCACCUUCACCAGUGGACGUGCCUGCCAGACUCCAAUGAUGUGGUCCAGGCCAGGAAGGCCUACGAUCUUCAGAGUGAUGCAGUGUACAAAGCUGACAUGGAGUGGCUACGUGGAUGCGGAUGGAUUCCGCAUGAGUCCGUGGAGGUUUUGAAAGUGAAGAAUGCACAAAAGAUCCUGGCUGAUAGAGGCUACCGGGUUAAGCUGGACGAGCAGAAAUUUGGCGUUCCAACAGAUCGUGUUGACUUGACUUGCGCUAAGAAUGCCGCUGACAUCCUCAAUGAAGCGAAAUACCGUGAGGCUUGGCAUCAGGAAAAGACCAAUUACACACUGGUGGAGACUCCAACCAUGGUCACAGCGAAAGAAGCAGCUAAGCAUAUUCACCCUAAACUAUACUCCAAAGAUUGGGACAAGAUUAAGGCUACUAGCUACUUCAUGCCUGAAGAUACGGUGGCCAUCAAGCAGUGCAUCAGCAACACUAAAGUCCAAAGUAAACAUAAAUACCUGGAGGGAUACCGCAAACAAGUGGGCCACCACAUUGGGGCCCUUAGCAUCCAGGAUGACCCGCUCCUUAUGUUGGCCCUGAACUCUGCCAAGAUUGCCAGCGACGCCCUCUACAAGAAAGACUUCAACAAGUCCAAGACCAAGUUCAACCUGCCAGUGGAUAUGCUGCAGUUCGAGCUGGCCAAGAAGUGCCAGAUGCAAGUCAACGAUGACCUCUACAGGACCCGCCUGCACCAGUGGACGUGCCUGCCUGACCAGAACGACGUCAUACAGGCUAGGAAAGCCUACGAUCUUCAGAGCGAUUUUGUGUACAAGGCAGAUAUGGAAUGGUUUCGAGGCUGUGGUUGGGUGGCCCAUGAAUCUGUAGACCACGUCAAAGCCAGAAAAGCACAGGAAAUUCUCAAUGAUAGGCUCUACAAGAGAAAUGCAAUCGAUGGCUUUGGAAAGUUCACCCUGGUGUUGGACCGCCCAGAAAUUCUCUUGGCCAAGACAAACUCUGCCAACCUCAGCGACUUAAAGUACAAAGAGACCUUCAAUGCGGAGAAGGGUCAUUACAUUGGUUCGGAUGACACUCCUCAACUGGCCCACAGCAGGGAGGUGUCCAAGAACAUCAGCGAGAAACUCUACAAAUUGCAAUGGGACCAGUCCAAGGCUGCUGACUACCACUUGGACCACGAGUACAUCCCACUUGUCAGUGGAAAGCGAAGCAGAGACAUCAGUAGUGAUUACAAGUAUCAUGAUUCCCAUGAGAAGGCCAAAGGACACUACUUGGCCGGAACCCUGGUGGACUUCCCUGAGGUGAUCCGAUGUGGUGAUCAGGAGAAAAACAAGGGACUGAGGCUUUACCAUCGGGACUACCACCAGACCAAGGCCAAGACUCACAUCCCAGCUGACGUCAUUGCCAACAAGGUGGCCAAGCGUUGCCAGGACAUGCUGAGUGAUGUCCUCUACCGCACAUACCUGCACCAGUGGACCUGCCACCCCGAUCAGGAAGACGCCAUCCGAGCCCGCAAGACAAAUGAGAUUCUCAGCGAUGUGUAUUACAAAGAGGACCUGACCUGGAUGAAGGGUAUUGGAUGCUUUGUAUGGGACACGCCAGAGAUCAUUCGUGCUAAGAAGGCCUACGAUCUGCAGAGCGAAUUGAAAUACAGAGACGAAGCUAAGAAGGAAUUCAACAAUUACUCCAUUGUGACUGACACGCCCGCUUACGUCACUGCUGUGCUUGGUCACACCUGGGCCAGUGAUCUGAACUACCGAGAGUCUUACCACAAGGAGAAACAUAUGUACACCACUGUUUUGGAUACCUACGAUUAUGCCAGAUGCCACAACUUCAAAACUUUCUUCAGUAACAAAAACUACACUGACGCCUGGGAGAAAUUCAAGGCCAAGGGCUACCAGAUCCCCCAUGACUCUACCUCAAUGCAACAUGCCAAAGACCAGAAGACCAUUGUCAGCAGUGUGAAGUACAAAGAAGACUAUGAGAAGUUCAAGUCACUUUACAGUCUGCCCAAGUCUAUUGAGGAUGAUCCAGCCACCGCCCGAUGCCUUAAAGUCGGAAAAUUGGUCCUGGAUCGCCUGUACCAUGAGGACUAUGAGAAGUCCAAGGCUAAGAAUCACAUCCCGCCAGAUAUGCUGGAGAUCCUGUCGGCCCGUAAUUUCCAGACCACCAUCAGUGGAAUCCACUACCGCAAGUAUCUGCACCAGUGGAUCUGCCUUCCUGAUAUGCAGAUGUAUGUCCAGGCGCGCAAAGUCAACGAGCAGCUAAGUGAUGUCUUCUACAAGGAUGACCUCAACUGGCUGAAGGGCAUCGGUUGCUAUGCCUGGGACACUCCAGAAAUCCUGCGUGUCAAGAAUGCUGGCGACAUUCAGAGCCAAAACAAGUACCGAGCUAAAGGUGUGGAAGCAUUCAAAGACUACUCAGUAGUGAUGGAAACGCCAGUUUACGAGACGGCCAAGCAGAACACCGUGAACCUGAGUGAUCUACACUAUCGCUCCGAGUACCACACUAGCAUCAAGGGAACCAACACUUCUCCCGCAGUUACACUGGAAGGGGAAAGGGCUCGCAAUGCCCACCACAUUCAGAGUGAUAACUGGUAUAAGGAGGCAAACAAAAACUACAUGCCCACUGGAUACACUCUGCCACACGACAUGCCUCUCAUCAAACAGGCUAAGCGCAACACCUUUGUUAGUAGCGAUGUGAAGUACAAGGAGGCCUACGAGAUGACGAAGGCCAAGGGCUACACCAUUCACCCGGAGGGCGUUAACUUUGUGAACUAUAGGAAGGCCAACAAAAUCAUCAAUGAACGCCUGUAUCGCGAGGAUUACCACAAACAGAAGGACAAAAUCCACACCACCUACGACACCCCUGACAUCAGACAAGUCAAAAUGAACCAGGAACAUCUAAGCGAUUUGUGGUACAAGGAGAAGUACAACAACAGUAAAGGCCAGCUGAUCUCCAUGCCUAUGACUCCGGAGCUGUUGCAUUGCUACAACGUCAACCAUAUCAACAGCGAGUUGAAAUACAAAGAAGAUCUGACAUGGCUUAGGGGAAUUGGUUGUUUCCUCUACAACACCCCGGAGAUGAUCCGUAUCCGCAACCUCAAUAAGUACAGAGUGGACUACCCGGUGGAGGCUAAGAAGAACCUGCCCAAGUUUUCCGUGGUCUUGGACACACCAGAGUACAAGCGAGUGACUGAGCUCAAGAGCCACUUAAGUAUGCUAAUCUACAAAGCUCAGAGCAAAGCGGAGAUGUCCAAAGUCUCCACCACUGCGGAUGCUGUGGACAUGAAAAGAGUCAAAUGGGCCCAGCAGCUGACAAAUCAUUACGUGUACACUAACCUCGCCGCCAAAGAAAGACCAAAAUAUACCCUGGAAGUCGAAACCCCACACAUGAGCCACUCCAGGAAGAUGAAAUUGAUCUCCAGUGAUAACAAGUACAAAGAACAAUAUGAGAGGAUGAAGCACAGGUACACCGCCAUCGGAGACACACCCCUCUUGAUUCGCUCCAAGAAGGCCUACCUCCAGUCAAGCGAUCUCCGCUACAAAGAGACAUAUGAGCUCUCUAAAGGUCACUACCACACUGUCAAGGACGCCCUGGACAUCGUCUACCACCGCAGAGUCACUGACGACAUCAGCAAUGUUAAGUACAGAGAGAAAUAUAUCAGCUCCCUUGGAACAUGGAAGUCCAUCCCGGACCGUCCCGAGUUCUUCUUCAGCAGGAUUGUCAAUGACAACGUCAGCACGGUCAAGUACAAGGAGGACCUGGACUGGUUAAAGGGAAUCGGUUGCUUUGUGUGGGACACACCUGAGUUGUUACGCGCUGAGAAGAACAAGAAGCUGUACAGUGAGGUGAAAUACAAGACCUCCUUCAAGAAGAACAGAGAAAACUUCAAGUACACCUCUGACACACCUUUCUUCCACACGGCCAAGCACGCCUCUAGCCUUCUCGACGAGAAAAGGUAUAAAUCCAAAGCAAAGGAACUCCUCAAGAGCGGCUGCAAUGAGCUACACCGACCUGACAUCCUCACCGCCCUUGUCCAAACUUUCAUGAGCAGUAAGUGGCGUUACAGAGAACAAUAUGAGCGUCACAAGGACUUGUACACAUCCAUCCUCGACACUCCUGAGUAUGAAACAACCCAACGUGGCAAGAAGAUUGGCGACAUUGUUUACAAGAUGGAGUACAACAAGAAUAAGGCCAAGGGAUACACCCUACCUUAUGACACCCCGCACCAAAACCUCAUGAAGAAAGUCAAGGAUAUGACGAGCAAUCUUAAGUACAAAGAGGUCUAUGAGAGGUGCAAGGCCCAGAUCAACAUCGAUCCUGAGGCUCACUCCAUCCGGGCUGCAAGAGAGGCCUACAAGAACAUCACCAAUCUGGAUUACAAGAAGAAGUAUGAAGCCACCAAAUUUAAGUGGAUGUGGACCACAGAGAGGCCGGACUUUCUCAAUGCCGCCAAGAACUCUGCGCAGCAGAGUGACUAUGAGUACAAGUACGACAAAGAGAUCAUGAAGGGUUGCGUCAUACCCGUUGUGGACGACAAACUUACCCUGCUGGCGCAGAAGAACACACAAAUAACCAGUGAGCUAAAAUACAAAAUGAAGUACGAGAAGGCAAAGGGUCACUACCUGCCUGUGGCAGACACCCCCCAGAUCCUCCACUCCAAGGCGGUGCGCACUCUAUCAUCUGAGAGCAAGUACAAGGCGGCCAGUAAGAAGCUGAUGCAGUCCGGCUCCUUUACCACCAUGCCUCAGACCCGUGACACAGCUCACAGCAAGCAGAUCAACAAACUCGUCAGCAAGAAUGUGUACAAAGCAAAGUUCGAGAAGGAGAAAGGCAAGUCGAUAUACAACAACAUGUGCGUGCCUCCUGAUGUUCAGCACGCCAUGGACGUCGCCAAGAAACAGAGCAAUCUGGACUAUAAGAAGACUGCAAAGGCCAACCUUCACUACACCACAGCCGUGGCCGAUCGACCUGACAUCAAGAAGGCCACGCAGACUGCCAAACUCGUUAGCGAUAUUGGCUACCGCGAAAAAGCCCGCAAAGAGGCGAGCCGUGGAGGUUCUCUGGUCCACCGGCCGGACAUCAAGCUGGCCACAGAGGUCUGCAAGCUCAACAGCCAGGUAGAGGCGAGGCCCUCCCCCCACGGAAUGGCCUCCUACGAUACUCCGCAGAUGCGUCACAUUAAGAAAAUGAGUGCGAUGACGAGUAAUCUGAAGUACAAGGAGAAGUUUGACAAGGAAAUGAAGGGAAAGAGACCGCAAUAUGACCUAAAGGAGAGUAAGGUUUACAAGACAUACAAGGAUGCCCACACGCUGGCUAGUGAGGUGAAGUACAAGAGUGACCUGAAGAAGCUCCACAAGCCUGUGACCGACAUGGCUGAGUCUCUGUCUAUGCAGCACGGCCUGAGCACUAGCAAGCUGUCCAGUGACUACUGCUACAAGAGGAAGUUUGAGGAGAGUAGGGGUCACUACCACGUGAUUCCUGACACACCCGAGCAGCUCCAUCACAAGGAGGCUUCGGAACUCCAGAGCAUAGUGAAGUACAAGGAGAAGUACGAGAAGGAGAGAGGCAGGGCCAUGCUGGACUUUGAGACGCCAACAUACGUGACGGCCAAGGAGGCACAGCACAUGCAGAGCCAGAAAGACUAUAAGAAGGAUUUUGAGGAGACCAUGAGGGGCAAGAACCUCUCGGGCUUGGAAGUCACGCCCGCCAUGAUACAUGUCAGACAUGCCACCAAAAUAGCCAGUGAGAAAGAGUACAGGAAGGAUCUAGAGGAGGGCGUGAAGGGUAAAGGGCUAACUGUGCUGGAGGAAACUCCCGAGCUUUUGAGAGCAAGGAAUGCCACUCAAAUCCUGUGCGAGAAAGAGUAUAAGAAGUCGCUGGAGCAAGAGAUUAAGGGCAAGGGACUGCUGGCAUUGGCCACUGACACACCCGACUUCAUGCGGGCGAGGAAUGCCACCGAUAUCCUCAGUCAGACCAAGUACAAGCACACGGCCGAGAUGGACCGAGCCAGCUACACCACCGUGAUCGACACUCCGGACAUCAUUCACGCUCAGCAGAUGAAGACCAUUGUCAGCCAGAAAAAGUACAAGGAAGAGGCGGAGAAGACCAUGUCCCACUAUGUCCCAGUUCUGGACACACCUGAGAUGCAAAGAGUUCGUGAGAAUCAGAAGAACUUCAGCACUCUUCAGUACCAGACUGACCUAAAACACAUCAUAAAGGGAAAAGGUUCUGCUGUAAUCACGCCUGAAAUUCUUCGCGUUAAAGAAAAUACAAAGAAUUUCAGCUUGAUUCAGUACAAAGAGGAUUUGGGAGGAGGAACAUCUUUGCCAGAAACCCCUGAGAUGGAGAGGGUUAAACGAAACCAGAAGAACUUUAGCACGAUACAGUACAAGGAUUCUCUGAGUCAAGGCACGGCCAUUCCAGAUCUUCCUGAGGUGAAGCGGGUCCGAGAAACCCAGAAGAAUAUCAGCUCGCUGCAAUACAAGGAAGACGUGGGACGAGGCACAUCAGUCUCGGAGACGCCAGAGAUGGAACGCGUUAAACGCAAUCAGCAAAAUAUUAGCACGAUCAAAUACAGGGAUUCGCUGGAUCGCGGCACGGCCAUUCCUGACCUGCCGGAAGUCAAGCGGGUCAAACAGACCCAGAGGCACAUCAGCUCGGUGUUGUAUAAAGACAGCUCGGCCAAGGGAACCCCCGUGGUGUUCACUCCUGAGAUGGAGCGAGUCAAACGGAACCAAGAGAACAUUAGCUCGGUGCUGUAUUCCGACAGUUUCCGCAAGCAGGUCCAGGGAAAGGCAGCCUUCGUUCUGGAUACCCCAGAGAUGAGGCGUGUCAGAGAAACCCAGCGCAUCAUAUCUGGAGUCCGCUACCAUGAGGACUUUGAGAAGAGCAAGGGCAGCUUCACGCCUACCACCACUGACCUGAUCACAGAGCGCGUGAAGAAGAACACCCAGGACUUCAGCGACAUCAGUUACCGUGGCAUCCAAAGGCGUGUGGUAGAGAUGGAAAGGAGGCGUGCCGUCGAGCAUGACCAGGAAACCAUCACCGAUCUGCGGGUUUGGCGUACCAACCCCGGUUCAGUGUUUGACUACGACCCUGCAGAGGAUAACAUCCAGUCCAGGAGUUUGCACCUGAUGUCAGUCCAAGCCCAUCGACGCAGCAAGGAGCACUCCCGCUCCACCAGCGCUUUGAGUGGCUUGGCAGACGAAAAAUCCGAGAUGUCCCAGGACCAAGAUCACCACUUGUCCCUCUACAGCAACGGAUUCGUCACCUCAUCAGCAGGUUACCAGCAUGCGAAGACUGUGGAACUGCAGCAGAGGUCCUCGUCCGUGGCCACACAGCAGACUACAGUCUCCUCCAUCCCUUCGCACCCCUCUACCACUGGGAAAACUGUACGCGCCAUGUAUGACUACCUGGCGGCUGACAGCGAUGAAGUUUCCUUUAAGGACGGCGACGUUAUUGUCAAUGUACAGUCCAUCGACGAAGGUUGGAUGUACGGAACCGUGCAGCGCACCGGCAAGACCGGAAUGCUGCCUGCCAACUAUGUAGAGGCCGUCUAA